AUGGUACCGCGCGAGCGGCGCGAGUACGUGUAUAAGAAGGCGCUUGAGUCAAAGCAGCGCCAGAUCUACGAGCGCAAGCAAAAAAUCCGCGAGGCGCUCGCGAGUGGCAAGCCGCUGCCGCCCGAGCUGCGCGGCCCCGAGGCGCAGGAGCUCGCCAAAAACCUCACGCUGGACGAGGCGCAGGCCGUGCCGCAGACGUCCAUUGACGACGAGUACUCGCGUGCAGGGCAGUACGAUCCGCGUGUGUUGAUCACGACGUCGCGCAGCCCCUCGUCGCGCCUGUCGCAGUUUGCCAAGGAGCUGCGCUUCGUCUUUCCCAACUCGACGCGGCUGAACCGCGGUGCAUACACGAUGCAGGAGCUGGCGACCGCCGCGCGCGCGAACGGUGUGACGGAUAUGGUGGUCGUGCACGAGCACCGCGGCGUGCCGGAUGCGCUGAUCGUGUCGCACUUCCCCCAUGGCCCGACGCUCCUCUUUACGCUGCACAAUGUUACGCUGCGCCACGAGGUCGCAAGCCACAGCAACAGCACGGUGAGCGAGCAGUAUCCCCACCUGAUCUUGGACGGCUUCGGGGGGCGCCUCGGCGACCGCGUGAAGAACGCACUGCGCUUCUUGUUCCCGGUCCCGAAGGAGGACUCGAAGCGUGUCAUGACCUUUGCCAACAAUAACGACUUUAUCUCUUUCCGGCAACAUGUGUUUGUCGCAUCGCACCGCGAGGUACACCUCGCCGAGGUGGGGCCGCGAUUUGAUAUGCGCCCGUACGAGAUCCGGCUCGGCACGCUGGAGCAGAGCGAGGCGGACGUCGAGUGGGUCCUCCGGCCGUACAUGAACACCACCCGGAAGCGCAGCCAGCUCGCCGCGCCGUAG